GAUAGACAUAUAAGACGGAAACCGAAUUUCAAGAAAAGACGCCUAACCAGGACACCGAACCUCUCCUCCUCUCCUCGCAACUUGAAAGAGCAAGAGAAAAAGUAAUUAAAUAAAACAAAAAAUUCGUCCUCGCUAUCUAUCAUAACUUCCGCCAACCAUUCAGACGAUCUUUCAAAUUCUGCCUGCUCGGUUCCGUUACGGCUUGGAGUUCUUUUCUUUAAGCGUCUUUCCUCUGCCCUUCUAUUCGUACGCGUCGGAUACACAGAAAAGGCUUUCCCCUUUUCGCCAUUCUGGAUUUGGGAUCUUUCCUCUUGCAUGCUUCGCACGUCAGAGGCUUUCCUCUUCCUAGUGGUUUUCCUGUUUUGGGGCAAGAAAAGAAGACGGAGGUUUUGUGCCUGACUAUAUCUGUGGGUUACUGCUUACUGGAUAGCUGAAGUUAUGAUUGUUCAGGAACAAGAUCCUGAUGUUGUUCGGUGGGGUCUUCACAAUCUGAUCGACGUCUGUUCAAUUCGCAAUAAUGGUUCAUGUAGUGGUGUUACUCAGUACGAAGCAGACCAAAGCCAAGUAGGUUACGUAAGGGAGGGCUAUAACGAACCAGUAUAUAGCAACAAUUUAGAGAGCGAUGCAGUUAUUGCACGUGCUCUGCAGGAAGAGUUUUCUCGCAUAGCUGCUGCUGAAGCAUCUGGUCGACUUGGCAAUGGAGAAGAGUCCAUUGUUUCACAGAACUGGUUUAGUCCUUCAGGAAUUGAUCAUGAGAAUGGCCAGAGAAUGGGAGAUAAUGAUAACAUCAGAAAUAGGGUUCCCCACUGUACACAAAACGAAGCAGAUGGCUUUAGUGAUAAGAGAGUAGAAGACAGUGAUGAAGGGCAAAUAUCAGUUUCUUCGUCUUUCCAUGAAGCAAAACGUCCUAGCGUGGAAGACAUGCCAUUUGAUUUAAACAUAGCGGAUGAGUAUGAUGAGUAUGCUAUUGAUGGUGAAGUGGGCAAAAGAUUCAAUGAGAAGAUGGUUCCUGUUCCUCAUUUACCUAAGAUUAAUGGAGAAAUACCAACGCAGGAUGAAGAGGUUUCAGAUCACCAAAGACUCCUAGACAGGUUGAAGGUAUAUUUUCUCGUUGAGAAUAAGGUUCAGGGAGACGGUAACUGUCAGUUUCGUGCUUUAUCAGAUCAACUUUAUCGUUCUACUGAGUACCACAAAGUUGUCAGGCACCGAGUGGUUGAUCAGCUGAGGUCUUGUUCAGAAAUGUACGAGGGGUAUGUUCCUAUGGCUUACAGCGACUAUCUGAAGAACAUGUGCAAGCCUGGUGAAUGGGGUGAUCAUGUCACACUGCAAGCUGCUGCAGAUUCAUAUGGAGUGAAGAUAUUUGUGCUUACAUCGUUCAAGGACACAUGUUAUAUUGAGAUCACACCCCAUGUCGAGAAGUCCAAACGCAUUAUAUUCUUGAGCUUCUGGGCAGAGGUGCAUUAUAACUCAAUAUACCCUGAAGGAGAGUUGUUCUUGGCCGAGGAAAAGAAGAAGAAGAAAUGGUGGAAGCAGCUACUCUCCAAUUAGCAAUGGCCAAUGGGAAAUGAAGCAGGCUACCUUCCUCAUAGGGGCAUAAACAGAAUGUUGCUACCGUUGGUUUUCGACAGAUCCUUGAUAAUCUUCCAUUGUAUAUGAUAAAAGAAAAACUUGCUCUCUUCUCAUCUCCCUACAGGAGAGUCCCUCCCAAUUUUGUCCAUAUAUCGACUAACUAAUCAAUUACAUUUCAUUCUUUCAUCUGGAUUGCACUGUAAAUAUUAACAGCCCAUCGGCCUUAUAGUCAUUAUUAGUAUAUAAC